UGCUGUAGCAGAUCGGAAGACAUUCAGCCGCACACUUGAACGUUUCCCCAUGUCUUUUCUAGAAAUGCUUACACGUUUAAUUUAAAACACAAGUCAUAUAUAUGUAUAUAUGAUAUGGUGCCAUACGAUUUGUUUGGCUGAAUUCAAAUGGCUUCCUGCUGCACUACAUGAGGCAGUACAGUACAGUCCGUACAGCCGAGUGCACUUUAAUUAAAGAAGCCGUUUGGAAGUUAGCCGCUGAUUCAAGCAAGUAGAGGUCAUCUGCAAUGUCUGAUUUGAGAGUAGAGAUUGAAAAAGAGCCAGUUCAGGGAGACACUAACCGCAGCAGAGUUAAAAACCGUGUCGGACUGGUUGCUACUUGUGCACUCGGAGGCUCAUUAGUCGCUUUAUACGCUGUAGCUGUACCUUUCAUUGCUCCGGCGCUGAGGAAAACCUGUCUCCCGUUCGUCCCUGCUACAAACACACAGGUCAAAAACGUCCUCAGAGCUUUGCAGUCAAGAUCUGGGACUCUUGUGGACAUUGGAAGUGGCGAUGGACGGAUCGUCAUAGCCGCAGCGAGGGAGGGUUUCCGGUCGGUCGGCUUCGAGCUGAAUCCGUGGUUGGUGUGGUACUCCCGUUACAGAGCGUGGAAGCAAGGGGUUCAUCGCCACACCUCUUUUUAUAUCUCUGACCUCUGGAAGAUGGAGCAGCUGGAAGCCAAGCUUCAGACGGAGCUUCAGUCCUCAGCCCGAGUGGUGGCCUGCCGUUUCCCCUUCCCCACAUGGACUCCUGAUCAUGUGACCGGAGAGGGAAUUGACACCGUGUGGGUGUACGAUGCAGAGACUUUCAAAUCUCACACGACGACAGCAAAAGCUGCCGAACCACAGUGAAGACGAGAAUCUUUUAUGAUGAAGUCAAACACGUAUUAAAGGAAAUAGACUGUUUCAAACGUCCUACGGUAAAGAACGGAAAUAAAAAUACGUCUUUCUUA